UCACAGCGCACGGACCACCCCAGCACGCACGUAGCCUUCCGCUUACAUCUUGCAUCUGCAAUAAAGUAAGCAAACGAAACCCAAAACUGACAUUGUGCUCAGUUGCGGCAAUCAAACGUGGUCCCCCAGAUUGCCUUCCACAAAAAAGAAGGCGGCGAGAGAAAAAUGCCAUUUAUUUUUUUCUCUUCAAGCGGCCAACUCUAAAUUCGAAAACGCUACGUUAUAAAAAAAAACGGUUCCCUCCAUCUACCGGACCCAUCCCAUCGCUCUCCCCCUACCCCCCCAGUCAACCACCGUCUCUUUUCCCCUCCUACUUCCAUCAUCCCAUGGCUAAUCGGAACUGGAUAUCCUAUUGGUUCAUGCUCACGGCUCCCUUGAUGCUUUGGGAUGCUGCCUUCUGUUUUAUGCGGCCCAGGUCAAUGGUUGGAGGAGACCUACAUUGGCUUUGGAAGAUAUACGAUGUCUACGGGCAGGUUGACCGCGUAUACGGUGUGCAAGCCUUCGAAGAUGGUGAAGGACUAGCUAAUGCAGCUGCCAUUCUGAACGUCCUUGAAAAUGUCGCCGCUAUAUCCUAUCUUUACCUCGUACACGUUUCGCCUUCACCUCUGUCCUCACUUGCGGGUUACACGGGGGCCACGAUGACAUUUGCCAAAACAUGUCUCUAUGUCGCGAAGGAGUACUAUUGUGGGCUGUGUACGAUCGGGCAUAACGACUUCGGUGGGAUGAUGUUUUAUUGGAUCAUGCCAAACUGCGUCUGGUUAACGUUUUCCAUACUCAUAAUGUACACACUCGGCUUGGACAUCGCUCGGUCACUGACGAAAGGGCCGUUGUACGCAAACCACCACAAAUUAGAAUGAUCAUUGUCCAUUUGUCCCCUCUGUUUGCUGUCUCCCGGUUCACUCUUAAUAAAAUCCUAUUUUUAACAAACCCAUCUCACGCCUCGUGGGGAGAGGAACGC